AUGUCAUUACCUUCGGAUUCCUCGGAUAAGAGAGAUGUCGGCAAAAUCAACGUUCCAGUGGACAAUGAGGUAACCCGGAUCACCUCAGUAGCUCAUGGAGAAGUGGACGAAGAGCCAGGCCGUAUUGUGGAAACGCAGCGUGGUCUCAAGUCACGUCACGCCCAAAUGAUAGCCCUCGGAGGCACCAUCGGCACCGGUCUUUUUGUAGGGUCAGGGCAGGUUCUCCAAAUGGGCGGGCCCUUGUUCCUUUUGCUCGCGUAUUCGACGAUCACAAUUCUUCUAUACGGCGUUGCAACGGCAACUGGCGAGAUGUCAAGUUAUCUGCCUGUCCCAGGUUGCUCUGUGGCAUACUAUGGAAACAGAUUUGUUUCUAAGAGCCUGGGCUUUACACUGGGAUGGGUUUACUGGUAUAUCUUCGCAAUCACCGUCCCGGCUGAAGUCAACGUCACCGCCCUCAUUAUCGAAUACUGGAACCCCCCCGUCCAUACCGCUGUUUGGCUUGUGCUCGUAGGCGGUGUAAUUAUUCUUUGUAAUUGCCUGCCUGUACGCGUCUAUGGAGAAACGGAAUUUUGGUUUGCGUCGACCAAAGUCAUCGGAAUUCUAGGUCUUCUCAUCAUGACCGCGGUGCUUUUCUUCGGUGGAGGACCUGCAGAGCCCCUAUACUUCAAGCACUGGAGCAACCCGGGACCUAUAAACGCAUACCUUGUUGAAGGACCUGUUGGGCAUCUUUGCGCUUUCAUCAGUUGCACCACAUUUUCCGUUUAUGCCUUUGGCUUCGCUCCAGAAUUGAUGGUCAUCACCGGCGGAGAGAUGGAAAGUCCGAGAACCAACAUUCCAAAGGCAACCAUUCGCUACUUCUACAGACUUAUCACCUUCUACAUAUUGGGCGCAUUUGCGAUUGGAAUUCUUGUCCCCAGCACUCACAAACAGUUGUUAUCUGCUGGGUCCGGCGCUGCAGCGUCUCCUUGGGCCAUUGGUGCCCGUGACGCUGGCAUUAGAGGUCUCGAUUCCGUCAUCAAUGCAAUGAUCGUCCUUUCCGCAUGGUCGGCUGGCAACUCGUACUUGUACCUCGCAAGUCGAGCUCUUUACUCUCUAGCGAAGGCUGGCAACGCUCCGGCCAUUUUCUCCCGCUGCACAAACUCGGGUAUCCCAUAUUAUGCAACUGGCUUCAGCUCACUCUUCAGCCUUCUUGCGUUCCUCAAUAUCUCCAGAGGCGGUUCGGCAGCAGCAGUCUUCAACUGGUUCGCUAAUCUCAUCAGCACGGGCGCGUUCCAAAGUUGGAUCUGCUGCUGCGUCAUAUAUAUGCGAUUCCGGAAGGCCGCCGACCAUCAAGGGAUUGCAAACAUGCCAUUUCGGUCCCGUUUCCAGCCCUACUCCUCUUGGGUUAGUGCUUGCGGUUUCAGCAUUCUACUGCUUUUGAAUGGUUACAAGGUUUUCGUGAGGGGCUACUGGGAUAUAAGCACAUUCAUCACCUCAUAUGUCGGGAUCCUGAUCUUUGCGUGCCUUUACUUGGGCCACAAGUUCACUGUCGGACGUUGCGACAAGUUAGCUCUGUCUCCCUCAGAGGUUGACUUGGUCUCUGGUAUUGACGAAAUCUUGGCCGAAAUCAACACUCCUGUCGAGCCUGAGAAGUGGUAUCUCAAGUGGAAGCUUCUCUUUGAGUGA